AUGUGGGAUGACGUAGUGGAAGAAACCCCAGCCCCGGCCCAGGCUGAGGCACAGGCAGCUCCUAGUGACGGUCCAGCAGAGGAAGCGUCUGCAGAAGGAAAUCCUGAAGUCGCGGAACCCCCACCGCCGGAGAAUAACACAAAAAAUGAGCCGCGCCGGCUAGUGUUCAAGCACUGGAUUCGGCCGAAAUUCCUCCAGUACAACUAUAUCUAUGAUUAUCAGCGCAACUAUUAUGACGAUGUUAUUUCAUACUUGGAUAGACGUAACAGAGGCUUACCGGCAGAAAGACCCCGGGCCCAAACUUGGGGUGAAAGAGCGCUCAGGACGUACCUCUCUAAAGACACCAGUUACUUAUCCAAGACUUACAACAAGGAUACAACUCUGCUUCACCACAUUUCGACUGGUGCUCGUUUCCAACGCUAUCACAGCAAGGCUCGCAUUGCGAGGAAGUAUUCCAAUCUAGGAUUUAGCUCAGUGUCUCUC